AUGAGAAUACACAUAAAGGAGGGCGACAUAAAUCUGACCUCAUUGCUCGAAGUGAACGAGGAAGACUACAAAAUCUGCAACAACGCCAAUCUAAUAAAAUCACACAAUGAUAGAGAAACUACAAUUCCACUAGAAAAAUCAUGUCUAUUUUUCUUCAUCGGUGGAGCUGAAGAACAUUGCCAAAAGGGUCAAAGGCUAGAGGUUAUGGUUCUAUCCGAAAAAAUGGCUCCGGCCACCAACUACAACGCAGGCACCUUCUUCUCAUCAUCACCGUCACCACUACCAUGCAUUGACGCCAACCCCGACUAA